AUGGAGCCCCAAACCGAGGCGUCAUCGCCUAUCGCUCACCUGGGCCAAUCCCCCCUCACGGAGAUCGGCCAAUGCCUCGAUCCCAUCGAAACUCGACUCCAGUGGGCCAAGCAGGCCGUCGACGCAGGCCACGACGUCAACGAGCUCGACCUGAACACGGAUUGGCGCCGAAACAAGGGUCGUCCAUUGCACUCUGCCCUGGAACACCCGGGACGGAUGGACGAGAUGACGGCGCACGACCGCGGCCGCAACGAGAGUCUGGACCUGGUCAAGUUUCUUUUGGAACGCGGAGCUGAUCCUCGGCUGCGAGACUGCAGGGGCAAGGAAACAGCCAUGGACAGGGCCCGCUGCGUGCUAGGCAGUCCCGUGGGCGACGUGGAGAGGUCCUUUGUUGAGGAGGCCGUGCGCCUGAUGGAAGAAGCGGCGCAAAAGAUGGAGCAGAAGGAGACGACGAGCAAGGGGUUUCUUGGCGAUCUUAAAGGGUUGUUGGGUCUCGGAGGACAAAAGAGGGAGACCGAAUGUCUCUUUUGCCGAGAAGAAAAGUCACACAAUUGGCACUACAACGUCUACGUCGGGACCACGAGGGAACAUCGGAUGCUCGAGGAAACAGACAACAUUAGGAAACCCCAGCCGGAGUAA